CUACUAAAAAAACUUCGCAUGCGACGUUCCCCACAGAAAUUCCCAUUCAUUCGAUCUCCUCCAGCUUCCCGUCUCAAAGGUCGAACCGCAUAAAUUUAAAAAUACAAAAAAGGAAAUCCAAAUGCACACGCAGUUAAAGCUGCUGGGGAGCGAGGGAAGGAGAAAGAGGUAGGCAUGAUGGCUUCCACGACUAUAAAAACGUCCCCAUUCCUCUUCUCCGCUGAGGAACCCUAACCACUACCUGAAACCAUCGACGUGCAAUGCUACUCGAUCCCUGACCCGUGGAAUCGCUCUGCCGCUUCUUCAAGAUGGCUGCUAUCCUCGGCAUUGGUGCCGAUGACUCUGGUGUGACCAGCAGCAGCCGCCGGAGCUGGAUGUCCGGCAGCUUUCGCGAUCCCACUGAUGUUUUCCGCCGGAGCACGACGGAGGUGGACGAUGAAGAAAAUCUCAAGUGGGCGGCACUUGAGAAGCUUCCUACUUACGACCGAAUGAGGAAAGGGAUUCUGCAGCAGUUCGGGGACGACGGGAAGGUUAUCAGCAGUGAGGUUGAUAUCAAGAAGCUCGGUAUUCAGGAGAGAAAGAUUCUGGUUGACCGGAUUAUGAAGAUUGUGGAGGAGGAUAAUGAGCGGUUCUUGAAGCGCCUUAGAGAUCGAUUUAACCACGUUGGCCUUGAGCUUCCGAAGAUUGAAGUGCGGUUUCAGAAUUUAUCGGUGGAGGCCGAUGCUUAUGUUGGUAGCAGAGCGCUUCCUACUCUGUUGAAUGCUACCAUUAAUAUUCUAGAGGGAAUUUUUGGUUUUAUUCGAUUUGCUCGGUCAAAGAAAAGUGUGAACAAGAUUCUUGUUAAUGUUAGUGGAAUCCUAAAGCCAUCAAGGAUGUGUCUGCUUCUUGGACCGCCAAGCUCAGGGAAGACAACACUUCUUCUAGCUCUUGCUGGAAAGAUUGAGAAAAAGCUUAGCGUCUCUGGUAAAAUCACAUAUUGUGGUCAUGAAUUAUCAGAAUUUUUCCCACAGAGAACUAGUGCCUAUAUCAGUCAGCAUGAUACUCACAUUGGUGAGGUGACAGUUAGGGAGACCUUCAAUUUCUCAGGACGGUGCUUGGGUGUAGGAACUAGAUAUGAACUAAUGGCAGAGUUAUCAAGAAGAGAGAGAGAUGCAGGCAUUAAACCAGACCCUGAAAUUGACGCCUUUAUGAAGGCAGUUGCUGUGGAAGGACAAAAUACUAGCUUAGGAACUGACUAUAUUCUGAAGGUACUUGGGUUGGAUAUAUGUGCGGAUAUUCUUGUUGGCGAUGAGAUGCGAAGAGGUAUUUCAGGUGGAGAAAAGAAACGCGUGACCACGGGGGAGAUGUUGGCCGGGCCUGCAAGGGCACUAUUUAUGGAUGAAAUAUCAACUGGACUUGAUAGCUCCACCACGUUUCAGAUUGUCAAGUUCAUUAGACAGAUGGUGCAUGUCAUGGAUGGAACAGUGCUUAUCUCUCUUCUUCAGCCAGCACCUGAGACAUUUGAACUUUUUGAUGAUGUUAUUCUGUUGUCUGAGGGUCAGAUUGUCUAUCAAGGACCCCGUGAGAACAUCCUAGAGUUCUUUGAGUUCAUGGGCUUUAAAUGCCCAGAAAGAAAAGGAAUUGCAGACUUCCUUCAAGAGGUCACAUCAAGAAGGGAUCAGGAGCAAUACUGGUUUAGGGAAGACCAACGUUACCGUUAUGUUCCUGUCUCUGAAUUUUCCAAUUCUUUUAAGACUUUUUAUAUUGGGGAAGAGCUUGAAAUUCCUUUUGAUAAAUCCAGAGUCCAUCCCGCUGCAUUGGCUACAAAGAAGUAUGGCAUGUCCAGUUGGGAGCUCUUCAAGGCAUGUUUUGACAAGGAGCUGUUACUGAUGAAGCGCAAUUCAUUUGUCUACAUAUUUAAGAUCUCCCAGUUAACAAUUAUGGCUGUGAUAACCAUGACUCUGUUCUUGAGAACCAAUAUGCACCAUGAAACAAUUUCUGAUGGUGGAACUUACUAUGGUGCUCUAUUCUUCAGUUUAGUAAAUAUGAUGUUCAAUGGUAUGGCAGAGCUAGCUUUGACAAUUUUCAGACUUCCUGUGUUCUAUAAACAAAGAGAUUUCUUGUUUUAUCCUCCUUGGGCAUUUGUGCUAUCAUAUGUCAUUGUGAAGAUUCCCCUUUCUCUAGUUGAAUCUUCAAUUUGGAUACUCAUUACAUACUAUGGGAUUGGUUUUGCACCUGCGGCUAGUAGGUUUUUCCGGCAGUUCUUGGCAUACUUCUCUGUCCACCAGAUGUCGCUUGGCCUCUUUCGGUUCAUUGCUGCAUCUGGAAGAACAAUGGUCAUAGCUAACACAUUCGGAGUAUUUGCCUUGCUUGUAGUCUUUGUUCUAGGAGGAUUUGUUAUCUCCAAAGAUGAUAUUCAACCAUGGUGGAUAUGGGCUUAUUGGCUCUCUCCAAUGAUGUACGGACAAAAUGCCAUUGCCAUAAAUGAAUUUCUCGAUCCUAGAUGGGGCAAGCCAAAUAAUGCCAUCAUCAUAAAUGAAUCAACAAUUGGAAAGGCGAUUCUCAAGUCAAGAGCCAUGUUUGUAAAUGGCUAUUGGUACUGGAUUUCUAUUGGAGUCCUUUUUGGAUAUACUCUUCUGUUUAAUAUUUGCUUCCUGUUGGCAUUGAUUUAUCUGAAUCCCAUUAAGAAUUCUAAAGCUAUCAUUUUAAGUGAGAAUGAAGAAUGUGCGGAAAAGAACCACGUAGCACCGACGGCAGAUUUAACCGGAGUGGCAGAAAGAAUCGAAUCAUCCGCUAGAUCUAAUAUUGCAGAUGUGGAAAUGGAAACAACUCUGAAGAAUUCUAGCGGAAUCAGAAGCGUGAAAAAUCAAGUUACACGAGGAAUGGUUUUGCCUUUCCAGCCUCUUUCUCUAGCAUUUGACCAUGUUAACUAUUACGUGGAAAUGCCUUCUGAAAUGAAAAAACAAGUUGGAGAAAAACGGCUUCAACUGCUCUGCGAUGUGAGUGGUGCAUUUAGACCCGGCAUCCUAACCGCUCUAGUUGGUGUGAGUGGAGCAGGAAAGACUACACUGAUGGAUGUAUUAGCUGGAAGAAAAACUGGAGGGCAUAUUGAAGGAACCAUAAAUAUUUUGGGAUACCCCAAAAAGCAAGAAACAUUUGCUCGAGUCAGUGGUUACUGUGAACAGAAUGACAUUCACUCACCACAUGUUACUGUAUAUGAAUCCUUGACAUACUCGGCCUGGCUUCGUCUUUCCCCAGAAAUAGACCUUGAAACUAGAAAGAUGUUUGUAGAAGAGAUUACGAACUUGGUUGAGCUUAAUCUGUUGAGGAAUGCUUUAGUGGGCCUUCCAGGAGUGGAUGGUCUAUCGACCGAACAGAGAAAGAGGCUUACAAUUGCAGUUGAAUUGGUUGCGAACCCAUCCAUCAUCUUCAUGGAUGAGCCAACAUCUGGUCUUGAUGCCCGGGCUGCAGCAAUUGUUAUGCGAACCGUGAGGAAUACUGUCAAUACUGGACGGACAGUGGUGUGCACGAUCCAUCAGCCAAGCAUAGAUAUUUUUGAAACUUUUGAUGAGUUACUUUUAAUGAAAAGGGGUGGACAAUUAAUAUAUGCUGGAGAACUUGGGCAUCAAUCUUCCAAGCUUAUAGAGUAUUUUGAAUCAAUUCCAGGGGUCCCCAAAAUUACUGAAGGCUAUAAUCCUGCCACAUGGAUGCUGGAGAUAAGUUCCCCUUUGGCUGAAGCUCAGCUUAACGUGGAUUUUGCUGAACUUUAUACCCAUUCCCCUCUUUACCAGAAUAAUCAAGAGCUCAUCAAGGAGUUAAGCAUUCCAAAAUCAGGUUCUAUGGACCUUACUUUUUCUACGAAGUAUGCCCAGAAUUUUGUAACUCAAUGCACCGCUUGCUUCUGGAAACAGCAUUGGUCUUACUGGAGAAAUCCACAGUAUAAUGCCAUCCGGUUCUUCUCAACAGUUGUCACCGGUCUUCUCUUUGGUACCAUGUUUUGGGGAAAGGGGAAAAAGACAACCAUGCAACAGGACCUGUUAAAUCUAAUGGGUGUAAUUUAUGCUGCUGUUUUCUUCCUUGGAGCUACCAAUGCUAACACUGUGCAACCCGUCGUAGCAAUUGAGAGAACGGUAUUUUAUCGCGAAAGGGCUGCUGGCAUGUACUCAUCCUUGGCAUAUGCAUUUGCUCAAGUGAGCAUCGAAGCAAUCUACAUCGCCGUCCAGAGCUUUGUUUAUACACUUCUCCUCUUCUCAAUGAUAGAUUUUGGAUGGAGCGCAGCCAAGUUCUUCUGGUUCUUCUUCCUCAUCUUCAUGUGCUUCAUCUACUUCACAUUAUACGGCAUGAUGGUCGUAGCCUUAACUCCGAGCUACCAAAUUGCCGGCAUUGUAUCUUCCUUCUUCUACAGCUUCUGGAACUUAUUCUGCGGCUUCGUCAUGCCGAGAAAGAUGAUGCCUGUGUGGUGGAGGUGGAUGUAUUGGGCUAAUCCGGUGUCGUGGACGAUAUACGGUGUGCUUGCUUCGCAGCUGGGAGAGUUAGAUAAUGGUGUAGAGAUACCGGGAGAGCCGAGUGUUGAUGUGAAAACUUUUCUGAAGCUAAAGUUAGGAUAUGAGCAUGAUUUUUUAGGCAUUGUGGCUGUAGUUCACGUGGCCUUCGUCUUUGUCUUCACCUUUGUUUUCGCAUAUUCUAUCAAGUUUUUGAAUUUUCAGAAGAGGUAGAUGAGAGAAACCACUUGCAACAGCAAGCUUAGUUUUAAUGGAGGAAUAAGGAUUCCAUGGGUUGGUUUGGUGUAGG